GGUCGUCCAACGUUGGCGCCAGAUGAGCUGUGGCGCCAGCAAUACACAGAGGCAGAGAGAGAGGAAGACACAUAGCAGUUUGACUAGCCUCACAACAGCCUGCAAAGCCCUUUCUCAACCCUGAGUUUGAAGCAUAUAAACGACUAUUUUUUUCUCUCGUUCUUCAGCAAUUAAAAAGUAAAAGGACAUAAGAGCUGUUUCUGCCGUGGGACGUGUGUCUUGCCUGGAUUGCUGUGUCUGCACACUGACUAGAGCACCAGCGUGACGUGGCCCAAAACAAAGAUCCAUAUCACCCGAUUCUUUUUAGUGUGUCCCCUGUCCGGCUGAAAAACGGAGGUCGUGGGGCUGGAGUGUGUUCUCAUGGCCGAGUCAGAGACUGAAUGUGACACACCCGGCCUUGACACGCUUGGGUCGGAGUGUGUCAUAGCCCACAGCCAUGUUGACCUUCACUAUGGAGCAGAAACGGAGAUCAUGACUGAAGAAAAGCGUGGACUAGAGCUGGAGAUCCACGGCUCAGACUUAAAGAUACAGGGACUGGGUUCAGAUCUGGGAGCUGUAGCCUGUGUGGAGGCAAUUGUAGCGGAGUCAGACCAUGAUUACAUCAAGGUGGAACAUGGAGAGAUGCACUGUUUCACAGCUGCGGAAAUCAAGACAUCGGGAGGCGAGACUCUGCUGGGAGAGGUGCUGCUUAAGGGGGACAGCGAGCAUGUGGUGAAAGUGGAGUCUGACCAUGGCGGGGAGUUGACAGUCGAGUCUGAGAAUGGUGUAAUCAUACAUGAAGCCCAUGGACUGCAGUGCAACGAGUGCGGAGAGAUUUUUGGAAGCAUAGCUGAUCUUCACCAACACUUUGAGAUCCAUAAGGAUCUGAACCCUUACAUCUGUGUCCACUGUGGUGAAAGCUUUGCUGUGGAGGCCAGCCUCAAACAACACAUGAAGAUUCACAUGAAAGAAAAGCCCUACGUCCCUCCUGGAGUUGAGAUUAUGGGCAAAGAUGUUAUCGAUGCCUUCAGUCUCAAGUCUCAUCAGAUGAUUCAUUUGCCAGACAAGCCCCACAGAUGCUCUGAGUGCGGUAAGAGCUUUGCCGCUGCCAUCACCCUGAGAGAACACAUGAAGAUGCAUUCAGAGGACAAGCCCUACAAGUGCACUCAGUGUAGGAAGAGCUUUGUCCGCAGAAGGCAUCUGAAAAAGCAUCAAGAGGUCCAUGCACGAGAGAAGCCAUAUACCUGUGGCCAGUGUGGCAAAGGCUUUGCCACGACUUCCAACCUAAAGCAGCACCAGAAGACCCACGCUGCAGUCGUUCUCGGAGACAAACCCCACCGAUGCGCACAGUGCGGAAAGUGUUUUGCGGCUGCUGCCACUCUGAGAGAGCACCAGAGGAUCCACUCGGGCGAGAAGCCGUACAAAUGCAACAUGUGCAGGAAGAGUUUUGUCCGCAAACGCCAUCUGAAGAAGCACCAGCAAGUCCAUGCCGGAGGGAAGCCCUACACCUGCAGACAUUGCAACAAAGGCUUCAAUCAUUCCUCCUCUCUCUCUCGCCACCACAAGACCCAUCUGCAGAAUCCAGUGUUUUCUCCACCUCAGCCUGGGAAAACCCUGUCCUACGGCACUCCCCCAAAGCAGAGGGUGCAUCAGCAGGGAGACAAGCCCUACAUGUGCCAUCACUGUGAUAAGGGCUUCAAUCAUUCCUCUUCCCUGUCCCGGCACCAAAGAGUCCACUCGGAGGGAAAGAGUUACACCUGCGCUCACUGUGGCAAAAGAUUCAAUCACUCCUCCUCCCUCGCCAGGCACCAGAGAGUUCACUUGGAGAGCAAACAACAACAGCAGCAGCAGCAGCAGCCCCAGCCACCACAAUCGCCGCCGCAGCAGUACAACACCAUCCCCACAGGGAAGGGAUUCCCCAACAACGCCUUCCCAAAACAGCGCAGCCUGUCCGUUGAAAAACCAUACAGGUGCUCCCACUGUGGAAAAGGCUUUAACCAUUCAUCUUCCCUUUCCAGACAUCAUAGGAUCCAUGUAGACCAGUGAGCACCCUCACAAGCUGUCCCAUGCGAGAGUAAAAACCCCAUCUCCCCCCUCUGUUUCUGUUCUACUAAUGGUCCCAUCAUUGACAUCACCACACCAAAUGUCAGGCCAACUUAUAGAGACAACAGUGGUCAUGUCCGCUUUGGAGUGGCUGCAAAUAAAUGGACAGUAACACAAGUCUUCAGGUGUAAAAUGGACCGUGUAGCCUGUAAUUCAGAGCAGAACCCGGGACUUUGCGCUUAGUAUGCAAAGGGUAUAAUAAUAGAUUGUGAAGGAGCCUCUAUUCUUGUUAGUGAUUGUGCUUCACUUCAGGACCUCUUUUGAACACUUUUAAAAUAAAAAAAUUAAUGUGAUUUGGUGAUCUAAAAUAAUUGUUACCUGGGGGAAAUAUGCCUCUCCCUCUGUUGGUCUUUUUGAUGAUAAUUGGGUUUAUGUACCUUCAGGUGGGCACGUGUGCUUUUCAGCUGCAUCUUUAUCCAAGGCUACCAACAGAAUUUGGCGAACAAAAAACAUUUCUCAAUUUCAAUUGUUAUUUCUUUUUCACCACCAUAACCCAUGUGUAACCAACAUGCAAAAUCCAAUGUAAAUACUGAUUUUCUUUUAUAUAUGUGUAUAGGUGACUAGUGUGCUGUUCCAAAAGAUUACAUUUUUGAUAGUAAGAUCCACUUUGAUCAACUUUGUCUCCACCAUUUUUUUUUUCUUUUAGGAAUUUAAUUUGUUUUAAGUGUUGGAGAGCAACAUGUUGAAGGCGUUCUCAUGCGGCUUUGUUCUGGAAUUUGGGCCCCAUCAGACAUGAGCCAUCUUGUAUAUUUAUACGGUUGUAUUCUUGUAUGUCUACGAUGGGUUAGUGCUGCUGCAUCGACUGUACAGAGAGCAAUACCGGCGGACACCCUGAUUCUAUAAUGACAUGCAAUUUAGUUAUUAGGAAAUGCAUAAUAGAAAAUAAAAAACCUACUGGGUAGCAUAUUACAACAAGACCUGUGUCCUAAUUAUUUACUGUGCAGUUUCCGCUGUACCCCUUGCACCAAAUGUACAUGAAAUGCAAUAUCACACUUUGUCUAUUGCUUUGGAGACUAAAUCAAUAUGUAUAGAAUAUAGGUACCUCUUACUUUCUGCAAACUCACAAUUUGAUCUAAGAAAAGAUUGUGUAUACUACAGGAGGAAAUCUCACUUUUACAAGACUUCAAUGGUUUUUCCAAAUUCAAAUGGGUUGUGCUCUUAUUUCUGUGUAAGAUAUCUUUUACAAACUGAUGUAUUUUUUUAGAAAUGGCUUGGGUUAUAUGAAAGGGAAUGAGAGAUAUACAGUUUUUAUGGGAGUGAACAUUACAGCGAGCAAUAUUUCCUUUUCCUUUUUCGGUUAACAUUUGUGCUUCACACUGUAGCAUAGAUUUCUUCCUUGUGUUAGAUAGGUGCCUUAUUGCAUGCUAUGUAGAAAUGUGUGCCGAGCUGUUAUUUGAAAAAAGUUUCAGGGUUUUCAGGGGUCUUUUGUUCUUAUUCAUACUAACUUACCCUACAUUUUAAUUUGAUGUCACUGAUACCUAUUGCUUUUGUUUUGCUUUCAUGUAUAUUACCAUGUGUUUACACUGUUAUGACCAUAUUGUCUUUUGUUUCCCCUUUAUUUUUGUCAAUGGCCUCUUUGUAGAGAGAAAAAUUGUAAAUUAUCCAUAUAGGCUUCUCCUAAGGGCAAAUCUGUAACAUCUCUUCCCAAUUUCUGAGUGGCACAUAUAUGGAUAAAUAAAGGUUGUUGACUCUUGUGGCUUUAAUCAAUGGAGUACAGUUUGGAAUUGGGAGAUGUAUUUAACCUCAUGGCUAAAUAAAAGUCAUUCUUAAAUCA